ACUUAUUCUUACCCGCGAACUUGAAAAUACAGGAAGUGGAAUGGCUACCCUCGUAGCAGACUAUGGAGAUAGUGGUGAAGAUUCAGACAGCGAUUCUGAAGUUAUCGAGGACGAAAGACCCUCAUCCAACCAGUCAGAAACACCAUCCAUACCAGUGUCUACAGAACCCCAAAAGACAGUGAAUUUUUUCCAAGGAGGUGACAUUGAUAGCUCCAGUAGUGAUGAAGAAGACUGCAAGUCCAAAGCAAACACUGUAUCAAAGGGAGAUAAUCAAAUCAAACUCCCAAAUCCUUUGGCUGAUUAUCUGCCAACUCCAAGUCUGAGAGAUCUAAAAGAAAGUGGGUCAGUUUUCAGCAAUAAAUAUGAAUUGGCUGAAAAAGCAAAAAACUCUAUCUUAGAACAGCAUGUAAAAAUGACAGAAGCCAGAAUUCAAGCCAAGAAAAAUGUGUGUUUCAAAUUUCAGAAAGGAAAAUGUAAGUUUGGAAAAAAUUGUAAAUUUUCACAUGACCGCGGUACAGACUUGGUGGUGAAUUCCACAAAACAGGAUGAAGACAAAUCUCAAACUGAGGCAGAUUUUAGCGCAGCAUUUGGUGGAUCUGGUCGUUCAGUGUAUCUUAAUCCCAAUGCUGGAUAUGGUGAUCCACUGCCCCCUUUAAAUGCUGAGGAUGAUGACAGUUAUAUGGCAGGGGCAAAACGAAAAAAACGAGCAGGGUUGUCAGAACAUUUGGUCCCAUCCAAAAAAGCCAUGUCCUCUCUUGACAGGCAGAGAAUUCAUGAAAGACCAUGGACAGUUAAAAAUAAAUAAAACAACUACAUGUCCUGUAUAAUAUCAUAUAGUAUAAUGAAAGGAUGAGAUUUUACCCAAUUUGUAAUGUGACUGUGUUUGAUAUUGGAGGUGAUUGAGAAUACACAUGUAUUACACACAUUAGAGAGCCAUUGUACACUUUUAAUACAAUUUAUAAUGUUUUCACAAUUGAAACAUUGGAAAUAAUUAAAAUCAUAAAAACUGAAAUUUAAGAAAGUAUACCAUUUGUUAUAUUUGUUAGUAGACCUAUAUAUAUAUUAGAACACUUUAUACGCAACAAUGGAAAUAUGCAGAUUUUUUCUCUUCAGGUGUAAAUGUAAAACCAAAACAUGGUUGUAUUGCUUCAUUUAUCGCAUACACAGAAUUUUUUUCAUAAAUGCCCAUUUGAUAAAGGUAUUGUCAACAAGUUUUACCAGGUAACAUAGUGCAGCGUCUGUCAACAUUUCCUUUAAAUCGCUAAUAGUCCUGAAUGAACAACAGUGGAUUUAGAGGAAAUUUGGUCUGGAGCAUUAUUGGACAAAGGAAAUCCAAUGUUGUAUAAAUGGAGGGUUUGGCUCACUCGGGGCCGAAGGUAUGGGGCCCAAUAGAGGAAAUAGAAGUAAAUCCUUCAAAUCACUGCUAGUCCUGAAUGACUGAAUUGAUUUCGAGGAAAUUUGGUGUGGAGCAUUAUUGGGAAAAGGUGAUAUAAUGUCUUAUAAAUGGAGAAUGUAGCUUAAUUCCUGGGGCAGGAGGUGCGGGGCCCCUAGGGAAAAUUGUGGUAAACGCCUGAAUAGAUUUGGAUGAAAUUUGGUCUUUAGCAUUAUUUGGCAAAGUAGAUGUAAUGUUGUAAAAUGGAGAAUGUGGCUCCCUAAAUUGGACAGAAAAACCUUCAAAAUCUUUUUCUUUUCAAAGAAUGACAGGAUUUGGUCCACCUGUAGUAUAAACCAUUUUUGGGAAAGGCAGUUCAAAAGUAGGAAAAUAUUCAAAAUACAACUUUGAUGAAUAUAUUUUGAUGAAAUUUGGACUGGAGCAUUAUUGGAUAAAGGAAACGAAUGUAUGAAUGGAGAGUGUGGUUACCCAGGGGAGGGAGAGGCGAGGGCCCAAUAGGCAAAAUUUAGGAAAAAAAUUUCAAUUGCUACUAGUCCUGAACACCUCUGGUAUUUGGAAUUUGUUAUAUUUUAUUUAACGUCCUAUUAACAGCCAG